AAGUGCGAAGAUUGCAGUAAUCUGUGAACAUCAUGUCGACAAAACGACUGAUUAUCUGCUGCGACGGUACCUGGCAAGAUUCCACCGACGACGCGAGCGAACCUCCAUCCAAUGUGACUCGACUCUCUCGAGCGCUGAGUCGCACGGCUAUCGUGAAGGAGAAUGGUGUGCUACGCGAGAUCCCUCAGAUCGUGUACUACCAGAAAGGCGUGGGCACCGGGCUGGGUGACAAGUAUUUUGGAGGCGUCACGGGUGUCGGUCUCAGCGCGAACGUGCGCGCCGCGUACGGGUUCCUGUCAGACAAUUAUGCCGACGGCGACAAGAUCUACUUCUUCGGGUUCUCGCGCGGCGCAUACACAGCACGCGCCAUCGCGGGAUUGGUCUGUCAGUGGGGUCUGUUGACACCGCGGGGGAUGGACAAUUUCUCCAACGUGUAUGACGACUUUUACGGCAAGAAGAUCGCAGGGUAUACCGACGAACAGCGGCGCCGGCUCGGAUUCCGGCCGCCCCUACCCAGGUUCACCGUCGAGCUGAUCGGCGUCUGGGACACGGUUGCCUUCCAUAAGCCGUGGCUGGGCCGAUGGUUUGGCGAGCAGCUCGAGUUUCGCAACACCCUGCUUUCACGGGAUGUCAGGUACGCGUACCAUGCGCUGGCGCUGGACGAGGAACGCACCGCGUAUCAGCCGACGCUGUGGCAUCAGCCAGACAACGCAGAGGGGCAGGAAAUGCUCCAGGUAUGGUUCUCUGGGGUCCAUACAGAUAUCGGCGGCGGCAGCGUCGACCCUCGUUUGUCGAAUAUAACACUGGCGUGGAUGAUCGCGCAGUGCUCAAAGCAUAAUCAACUUGCGUUUGAUGUCGAGGGGUAUCUCUUUGACUCUCCGCCGCCUGGAAUCGUGGCGGAGAGCGCCCCGUGGGCGACGGCGCUGGGGGCAGUCGCCCAUUCCAGCCUGACUCGCACAGUCGAGCGCUGGCUGGGUGGACGAUCGAUUCGGACGCCUCUCGCGUACGACCAGCCGGGGCCUGCCUCUGAGCACCGUCCAACGAACGAGCUGAUUCAUACUUCAAUCAAGGAUCGGGUGCUUAGUGGCGCGCCAUCCGGGGCCGUGCGGUGGGCCUCGCCUGUCAUUCGAGGGCGGCAGGAUCAGGAUGCGCGUACUUGGGAGCUGCAAAAUGGCCAUAAGCUGGUUGAAGAUGUGCCCUUGGAGCUAGAAUUCUUCAUGAGGGGGAGGAUCCGGACGGUGCACGUAGAUGAAGAGGAUGAGUCGUAGUUUAGCUCUGCAGACCAUAUUUUUCAAGGGGGAAGACGGGGGAUAAACGGCUGGUUAAGGAGUCGGGUUCCUCCAGGUCUUACAAAUGACUUAAUUAAAAUCUAUAACGUUGCUUGCCU